AUGCGUUUUUCUUGUCUAAUGAGGUAUCAUUUCAAAUGUGAUCGUCUAAAUCAUCCUUUAGACGUACAGAGAACGAAACAAUUAUUAACGCAACUGGCGAUUCGAUUUGACACCUAUGCAGAUAGAUAUUAUUUGAAUGACAGGCGAUUUUUGACGUUGGUGAUAUUUUGCGCCGAACAAAAACAUCAAAGUACACAGCUAGACACUGCGCAGUUGAAAAAUUGA